UACAAGGUUGCACAAUGGCCACGGAAGAAGACACCAGAAAUCAAGUGUUUCUCUUCAAAACAAAAUGCUUAGGAAAGCAAAUUGUUUCCGCCAAAUAUUACACAGAAUCAAAGUUCCACAGAAGAUGAGUGAGUCGACUUAGACUGGGGUACAUUUAGCGGAAGCUCGGUGUUUAACUUUUAGUUUCUCAGCGUUUGUGAAGCUUUAUUUUGGGAAACCGGAAAUGUGCGUUUUCUUUCUGGAGAGCUUGAUAGAGGUCUCGCGCAGCAGGCAGAUCUUUUCUUGAGCACAAACAAGAUAACAAAAAUGGGAUCGGCGGUGCGGUUAUCGCUGGUCGGCCUCCUGCUGUGCCUGCAGCUCGGCAGAGCUCCAGCCCGCAGCCCCCGUACGGCAGACCAGGUGUCUGAGGCCGACAUCCAGCGCCUCCUGCACGGCGUCAUGGAGCAGCUGGGUAUUGCUCGGCCCAGGGUGGAGUAUCCUGCACAUCAGGCUACCAACAUUGUCGGGCCUCAGAGCAUACAGGGUGGUGCCCAUGAGGGACUGCAGCAUCUAGGUCCCUAUGGAAACAUCCCCAACAUUGUGGCUGAGCUGACAGGCGACAAUGUUCCCAAAGACUUCAGUGAUGACCACGGCUAUCCAGACCCUCCAAACCCCUGUCCCCUGGGAAAGACGGCAGCAGAUGGAUGUUUGGAAAAUGCUCCUGACACAGCCGAGUUCAGCAGAGAGUUUCAAAAACACCAGCACCUGUUUGACCCAGAGCAUGAUUACCCAGCCCUGGCAAAGUGGAACAAGGAACUUUUGUACCAAAAACUGAAAGGAGGGCCGAAGAGAAGAAAACGGAGUGUCAACCCAUAUUUAUUGGGCCAGAGGCUGGACAAUGUGGUCGCCAAAAAAUCUGUUCCUCACUUCUCUGAGGAAGAGGAGGAAGAUGCACCGUCUGUCCCUGCUGCCAGCAAAUCCACAACCUAAACUCCUGCAAUACUCACUGCAAUAUUACAGCAUACUGUUGGAUAAAAGCUUUUGACAAUGCACAUUUAAGGUUAAGAACUCUGACGCUCCCAAAUCAAACCGGAAGUUAACUUAACUUGAAGAGAAAAUAUGAUUCCCCUAAAGCAAGUCAAACAGUCUCUUAGCAGAUCUCGCUCCCAAGUGAGAUACAGAAAUGGACAAAGAUCAACUUGCAGUCAUAUCUGUUAAUCUGUACAUAUUGAAAUACUUAAGAUCUGGGCUCUCAGUUCACUUACACCAACUGUUCACUUUUGCUAUUUUUAAGAGAUCUAAAAUACUAUCACAUUCCCAGAGAGUUCAUUCAAAAUCAGCCUAAAAUAUUAAAAUAUGUGUUGUUGAAUACUCAUCUGACAGUGUGCAGUAUAUCUACACCUGUAUCAUAACAAUACGUUGUAUAAAGAUAUAUUGAUCUGUAAGAAUGUUUCAUCGGAAAGUUUUUCUCGGAUGUACAGAAAUUGGUUUAACAGGUUCUUUUGUAUGUGACAAAUUAAUUACUUUGCUGUCUUGUAUAAGUGUAUUUCUAUUUUAAAUCCAAUACUUAAAAGUAAUUAUAGUAAAAGCCUUGCAUUGUCAUGCAAGGGAAGAUGGUGAAAUACUUCACUGUAGCAUGGUCAAUAUUUAUUCACUUUUCUGCAGUUAUGAGUCUCCUCUGGCGCCUCUGGGUUACUUUAUCUUGUCUAAAUGGUUGUGUUCUGUUUUUGUUCUGUUCAGUCAAAUAAACGGUUUAUCUGCAUUAA